AUGUAUUCUUGACAACUUCAGGGACUGUACAAGUGACUACUAUAGUGAACAUUGCAAAAUAAAACUCAACAUCAAAUGAAAUUUGCGUACUCUAUUUCCACUUCAACAGUUUCCUUUUUCUAUUUCCUUUCAACAUGAGACCACAUUGGGCUUUAUACAAUCAGCCAGUUUCUACCGAGCAAUUACAAGAUCGUGUCAAGAGAAGAUUAGAAAUGCCAAAUGCUAUGGCACCUACACCGAGAGCUAGGCAAAUCCAAGUGUUGUCCUGGGUACUCUCAGUUUCAUUGACUGGAUAUAUUGUCUUAUUUGCUGAUUUUGGGCCAGAGAAACACUGCUUUACUCCUGUUCGAAACUGGUUUCAAGAAAAGAAAAAACAUUUCUGGAGCUUAUCUGAAGAAGAAAAGAGAGAAUUAAGAGAACAAGGAAAACUAUAAUUUUGUUUUUUAAUAGAAGUGUAAAUAGUAUUUAUUGUUUUUUGACUCAAUAAAAAAAGAGACAUACAGAAGGGGUUGAAGGUGAUUUGACAUUAGUGACUUGCCUGAGUCCUUUUUUUAA